AUGGGUCAGAAUGACAGGGAGGCGGAAGGGCGUGUGUCAGACAGCGGUGUCCAUUAUGAGGAGUCCCAUUUCGCACCGGAGUUGACGUUCUUGGUCAAAAAUGACAAGCAGACUGAACUGGGUAGAUUGAAACAGCCCUUCCUACUAGGAGUGUCCAAGGCACAACUUUGUGAACGUCGAGGUUGUGGCAAAGGCACCGCUCUCGACAGUUUAGACUGCCUCAGUCUUGCACAAGUUCCACCCAGACGUGAUAUUGUUGGUAAUCCCGCCUCCGCCUCCGCCUCCGCCUCCGCCUCCUUCCUCCGUGCAAGGGCAUCUCCAGCCAACAAGGUGAUUGGCAAAAAGAUUGAGGAGUAA